UUUCUUUUCUUUUCUUUUCUUUUCUUUUCUUUUCUUUUCUUUUCUUUUCUUUUCUUUUUUUUUUCUCCUUUCUUUUCUUCGUUCCUUCCUUCCUUCCCUUUCUUUCCUUUCUUAAUCAAUUGAUUAAAAGUAUGUUCCACCCCGAAUCUGGGGCUUGAACUCAGGGCCUUGAGAGCAAGACCUGAGAUCAAAAGUCUGUGGCCCCACGGACUGACCACCCAGGCCCCCAGAGGGCUGCAUUAUUUUAAACUUCAUCUAAGCUUCAUCUAAGCUCCAUCCUUCUCCAAAAUCUUGUCUAAUCUUGUUUUCUCUCCUAGUUAGUAACCUGAGUUUGCCAUGGACAGGUAUACCUUUGGUGGUCUUUAUCAACCAGGCUUUAUCAAUCAUUAUAAACAUCUUUCCUGAAGCUGAGGGACUUGUAAAAUGUGUGUGUGUGUGUGUGUGUGUGUGUGUGUGUGUGUAUAGGAAAAGGUGAGGUUAAGGGUUCAAAAAAUAAAUACAAAUUUGCAGUGUUAUUUGUAUUUAUUUUUUGAACCCUUAAUCUCACCUUUUCCCAUCCAAACAAAACCAAAUUUCAUUUGGAUUCCUUACACUGCGGAUAUUGCUGCAGGCAAGCUUUCUUUAUAAUUAAAAAAAACUUUUUUUCACCCAUUGCACAUUAAAAAUUGGCACUGAGAGGUCCCUGUACUAAUGACUUUCUUCCUGUCAGGUACAGCAUUGUAAACACUAAAGCAGUUCUCCCUUCCCACUUACCUGCCUUUCUGUUUUAUGUAAAUUCUUUAACUUUCCCUGAUUCAUUUUUUUUUUUUAAGAUAAGAAUACUAAAGUUUUAAUCUUUUAGUCCCCAGGGUGAUCACAUUAUCAAAAUGAGGGAAGGGAAUUUUGGAGGGAGGGGAUACCUGGUAAAGAGAUUAAUAGGAUAAUCCUACAAAAGUAAGGUAUUUAAUUACCCCAUUCUCAGGCAUUGUGAAAAGGAGUCAAGAGGGAAUGGCCAUAAAUGCAUGACAGUGAGCAGAGAGCUGGGACUGUAGAGUAUUAUAGAUCUUAACCAUCUGUGUACAGAGGGCAGAGAAUAGUAUGACAAAGAGCAUACAUUGCACAGUAUCAAAAUCCUGAGAUUAAAGAUGACUGGUUUCUCCUCUUGUUCGGGUUAUAGGGAGGCAGAGUAAAAACUUGAGUUUACAUUUCACAUAUUCGGUAAGAGUUGUAUAUGCUCUCUCUCUCUUUUUUUUUUUUAAGCUUAUUAUAUAGCCGUUUCCCUUGUUUAGCUUUUACUUAGAGGAGAAUGAAGACUCAAACAGUUUUUAUUUUUUAAAGAUUUUGACAGGGAGAGAGAGAGAGAGAACACAAGCAAGGGGGAGUGGGAGAGGGAGAAGCAGAUUCCCUUCUGUGCAGGGAGCCUGACUUGGGGCUCCGAUCUGAAGGCAGAGUCUCAAACAACUGAGCCAUCCAGGCACCCCACAAACCCUUGUUUUGAAUAGCUUUUAUUUUAGUUAAAGGAAGAGAAUCAAGAUCUAAAGUUUAGUUUGCUACUUAAUGGGUGAUGGUGGUCAGUUUUCCUCUUCAUGUGGACUAGGGACCUCUUGUACAGAAAUCAUUUGGAGUUGCUUGCAAAUGUGCAGAUUACUGAGAUGGCAGCCCUAGACUUGAUGAAUCAGAAGCCAGGGACUGGGGAAUUGCAGGUUGAGGCCCAGGAAUGUGCAUUUUUAACAAGCCUUUUGGAUGAUGUAAUUAGUUUGAAAAUACUGUUAGAAUAGCAGCUCCCCAAGAAAAAGUUGGUUUGUUGCUCAACGUUGUGUGAGAUGCUUGGGCUAUAGCAUAGUUCAAUAUAUGCUGUAUAAAUAAAUGAAAACCUUCAGCUCUGAAACAUAAAGAACCACUUGUAGAAUAAUCUUAUUUUUAUCAGUUACUUACGAAGACCUUUCACAUAUGGUGCCCAUUACAUAUCUUAAAUCCUAGUUCAGCUAAAAAAAAAAAAAGAUUUACUCUAUUUCUUAAUAUGCUAUAUUCUUAGGUAAAUAAAAAUUUUAGUUCCAUAAAUUGCUAGUUCUUUUUACAGUGCUUUUUUUUCAGUUUCAUCACCUUUUUGUGCUUUAUCCAGUGGUGUCUUUGGUUCAUUGUGCGGGGGUGGAAAUUGAAAACUAGGAAUGUGGGGGACGCCUGGGGGGCUUGGUGGUUGAGCAUCUGCCUUUGCCUCAGGUCGUGAUCCUGGGGUCCUGGAAUGAGUCCCUCAUCAGGCUCCCUGUGGGAAGCCUGCUUCUCUCUCUCUGCCCAUGCAUCUACCUCUCUCUCACAAAUAAAUUCUUAAAAAAAAAAAAGAAAAUUAGGAAUGUGGGACAUAGCAAAUAAAUAAGCAUAUGGUAACUUUGGGGUUUUAUUCCUAAAUCACUCAGAUUGUAGGAAUGAAUUGGAAUUAUUUUCGUGGAAGUGGUAUUAUCAAGUUUGUGUAUGCUCAUUCAGGUUUAUCUGUAUUUGUUACUGUUAAACUUAGGAUGGCUCGCACGAUGGAACCACUGGCAAAGAAGAUCUUUAAAGGAGUUUUAGUAGUUGAGCUCUUGGGCGUUUUUGGAGCCUAUUUUUUGUUUAAUAGGAUGAACACAAGCCAAGAUUUCAGGCAAACAAUGAGCAAGAAAUUUCCCUUCAUCUUGGAAGUUUAUUACAAAUCCAUUGAACAGUCUGGAAUGUAUGGAGUCAGAGAGCAAGAUCAAGAAAAAUGGCUGAAUAGCAAAAAUUAGGAGUACAUGGCAGUAAAAAAUACAAUGGCCACUGUCAUUAUCUGAGGUAAGGCACUAGCAGUUUUAUCCAUCAGUGCCACUGUAAACACAGUGACAAAGGCAAAUAAUGUGCCCUGGUAUCACUAUGAAAAUAGCUGUGACCUUGCAGACUCAUUGAAAAGAUGUCAAGGACCCAUAGGAAUCUAUGUGUUAAGACGCUUGCUUUACCAAAGGCAUCACAGAAAGUUUAUUGAAAAUAUAAGUUCCUCUAAUGCAUUUAAAAGGUAACUUUAUUUGCAAACAAUUCUAUCACAAAACUUUUCAGGGACAUCUGAUGCAUAAAGCAGAAUUUACCCAUUUUACAGAGCCAUUAUAUGCAAUAAUUUACCUAAAAAAGCAAAAUUUAUUUAUAGCUAUGUAUAACAUCCUUAUUUUGCAUACAUAUUAUUUAAGAUGUUACAUGUGAAUGUAGAAAUGUAUAAAUUUAAUGUUUAUCAGAGGCUACAGAAAAACAGGUUAUAAAGGAUUACAGGUGGAUGAUACGCUUCAAAUUGCUUCAUUAUGCCAAUUAGCUGUUUAACUAAACUAUGAAUCAUUUAUAAGAAAAAUGGAAACUUCAAGGAGUUAAAUCCAUGAAAGCAAAUACAAAG